UGCCUUCAAAGAAGCCCAUGGCAAGGCCCCGUUGUCGCAAGGCUGCGGCUCCAUUGCCAAAGAAGGUAAAGCUGGAGAAGGCAACGCCACCAGCACCCUCGGUAGUCAAGGACCCAAACGCCGGCACAACACGAGAUGCCGCGAUCGACGUGGAGGCCGAGUGGGAAGCCCGCUACGGCUGGCACGUUGAGGAGGCGGUGGCCUCGACGGUUGGCGUGCAAGUGGACGUGGUGCGCAACGUGGUCAGCAUGCUGUCCAACGAGUGCACCAUCCCAUUUAUCGCGCGCUACCGUCGCGAGCAGACGGGUGGCCUCCAGGCAGAUGGACUGCAGGACAUUCAGGACACCUACGCCAGCCUUCUGCAGGUGAAGAAGAAGGCACGCACCAUACUGGAGACACUGACGAAGGAAAACAAGGGGGACCCCAGUGUGCGCAAGCUCAUCAUAGGCGCCCGCAGUAGCGUGGAGCUGGACCACUUGUACGCCCCCUACAAGGAGUCCAAGGGGCGUUCCCUGGCUCAGAGGGCCAAGAACCUUGGCCUCGAAGAGACGGCUCAGCAGAUUCUUCGAGGAGAGGCCACAGUCGAGUCCAUCAAUCCUGAGAGCCUCGUCAAGGCCGAUGUCAAAGGGUUGCAGUCAUCAAAAGAGGUUCUGCUCGGUUGGCAGCACAUCCUUGCCGACAUCCUCUCCAAAGACAGGACGGUCCUUGAUUACUUGGCCAACAUGGCCAAGUCUCCUGGCAUCCUUCUGACGGCCACCAAAAGUGCCUCGGCAGCCAAGCUUGAGCGGCGAGCUGCCGUCGACGGCACACCCGAAAUCUGUGACAAGAAAUACGACCUUUACGCCAAAUUCUCCAAGGACGUACGGGCGGUGCAACCUCACCAGGUACUGGCCAUCAACCGUGGAGAGUCCCAUAAGGUGCUGACAGUGAAGCUGGUGCUGCCACCGCAGUUGGAACCGGGGCUCAAGAACUUCUGCGAGUCGUGCCUGCGCAACAUGGGCGUGAAAAUGCAGGGCCAGACGAUGCAGCUGGUGCGGGACUCCAUUGAGGACGCCUACACGCGAUUGCUGGAGCCCCACCUUUUCCGCAGCAUAAGGUCCCAGCUCACCAAGGAAGCCGAGAAAGAGUCUGUGAGCGUGUUUCGUUCUAACCUCCGGCAGCUGCUGCUCAUGCCUCCGGUCAGGGGUCAUGCGGUGUUGGGCAUCGACCCUGGGUUCAAGCACGGCUGCAAGCUGGCUGCAGUCUCGGCCAAUGGCAGUCUUCUUCAGCAUGCCGUCAUCUCCCCUCACAAUGGUAACAAAGUCCAGGCUGCGAACGUGUUGAGGCAGAUGGUCCUCACACACAAUUGUGACCUGGUGGCCCUGGGCAACGGCACGGCCUGCCGUGAGACUGAAGCUUUCCUCUCUGAGCUCAUCUCCAAAGGCUGCUUUGAGCCAAUCAAACUUAAAUACUGCACAGUGGAAGAGAGCGGCGUCUCCAUCUACUCAGUCACCAAGGAUGCCGAAGCCGAGCUCCCUGGCCUUGACCCGAACAUCCGCAGUGCAGUUGGCAUAGCGCGGAGAUUGCAAGACCCCUUGCUGGAGUACGUGAAGGUGGAGCCCAAGCACCUCGGAGUUGGCAUGUACCAACAUGAUGUGACUGAGUCACUGUUGAAGAGCGCCCUGGAGGGAGUCGUCGUGGAAUGCGUCAGCUUUGUCGGAGUCGACAUUAACGUCUGCCCCGAGUUGACGCUCAGGAAGGUGUCUGGGCUGAACGCAGGCACGGCCCGCAACAUUGUGGAGUGGCGGACGACCAACGGUCCCUUCCGCAACCGCCAGCAGCUGCUCAACGUCAAACGCCUGGGCAGCAAGGCCUUUGAGCAAUGCGCGGGAUUCGUUAAGGUCUUUCCCCAAACUGCGUCGGGGGCAAAGCCCGCUGGCGAAAGCACUGGCCAAAAAAAGACGACGCAGCCUACCAAAGCUGCAAAAGGCAGCAGCAAGGACGACAGUUUCAACCCACUCGACAUGACUGUCAUUCAUCCAGAAUCAUACACUCUGGCCGAGAUUUUCAUCUCUCAUUUGGGGUUGGACAAGGAGGCCAUUGGGAAACCACAGUUCAUUGAAAAAGUCCGCCAGGAGACGGCCAAGUAUGGCGUCAACCACUUUGUGAACCUGCUGGGCGGUAGCAUAGCCACGAUGCAGCUUAUCGUGGACGCAUUACAGCACAGCGUCGAGUACGACAUCCGCUCAGAGCAACACCAACCUUUGUUCAAGAGCGGGGUGCUCUCGCUCGACGAAGUGCACGCGGGCCUCGAGCUCACGGGCAAGGUGAAGAACUGCACCAACUUUGGUGCCUUCGUCGACAUUGGGGUCGGCACCGACGGACUCAUCCACGUCAGCCAGAUGAAUGGCCAAACGAUUGCCCUGGGUGACCGUGUCACCGUGCGCGUCCUCAACAUCGAGAGGAGCCGCGGGCGCAUUGGGCUGCGGCUACUGUCCAAGGGAUGAGCAACUGCCAAGUCACCUCUCACGCACGUGGACACCUAGCUAAGGCUUUUUGCGUUUGCGUGCUUUGUAAGCAGAAGCAGCAGCAACACGGCAGUCACCGCAGCACUGCUGCAAGCAACCUUGCGGUGAUUCGUUUGCCUUGUACAUAGCCAUCAGUUAUGCCAAUGAUGGCUUUAGUAUUAAGAACGUGUAAUUAUUUAAUUUUUUUAGUACGAAUACGAUAUAUGUUUAUCAACGCGACCUACCGGUUGCAGAGUCGUCAGCUGAGCCACCACCGGCUUUAAUAGUAAGGUUGUGCAAAUACUAAAUAUUUCAAGUAAAAAUCGAAUAUGUGUUUCAAAGUAACGGGAGCCUUCGUUACUCCUUAUAAAACAAAUAAAUGAAAUUGCAUUUCACUUGGCUGAAGCAUGUUGAAAAUUCCUUUGGUAAUGCAUUCAUUGCAAAAUUUCGUGCAGAAAAAUUGUUCAGCAGACAUAGCAAAUAGUGAUUUUACAACAAGAACAAUAUUUUUAAGAUUGGGAACUAACUCAAAGCAAAUAGGGAUUUCAGUACUUGGACAAUAUUUUUAAGCAUUGUUACUAGGCAUGUGCAACUGCCAUUUUUGUGGUUCAAAGCAAAUUCAAAUCGAAACAGUGGCAGAGUUUUAAUAGUAAUACAGUCGAAUCUCGAUAA